UUUUGAAUAUACGCUAAAGGAAAUACGUCGGCGAAGGUCGUUGGGGAAAGAACUGCUGUAUGAUGAUGAGUGCGACACUUUCAGUCGACCAACCGGUCACAUUACGGUAGAAAUCAACCUACCGACCUGCUGUAUCCCAGAGGAUAUCACUCCUCCAUUUCAUCUAAAGAUUCACAAAGGCUGGGACCGAAACUGAACGGCUCUUCGUUAUAAAACGGUUAUUCCCUGGGUAAACGGGCACAUUAGAUAAGAGAGAAGAGUCUAGAAUCAGCAGACUCUCUGUCCGCACCAGCUCUGGAUCCCCGGAUCUCUUUGAACGCGUCGACAUGAGGAGUUUGCCGUAUUUCUGUCGGGGACAGGUCGUCCGCGGAUUCGGACGGGGAAGCAAAGACCUGGGCAUCCCCACAGCGAACUUCCCAGAGUCGGUUGUAGACAAUCUCCCUGCUGACAUUAGCACUGGAAUCUACUACGGGUGGGCAUGCGUGGAUAACGGAGACAUUCACAAGAUGGUGAUGAGCAUCGGCUGGAACCCUUACUACAAAAACACAAAGAAGUCCAUGGAAACACAUGUGAUCCACAAGUUUAAGGAAGAUUUCUACGGUCAAAUAUUGAGUGUGGCCAUGGUCGGCUACAUUCGUCCUGAGAGAGGGUUCGAAUCACUUGACAAGUUGAUAGCAGCGAUUCAUAGUGACAUUGAAGAGGCGAAGAUAAAGCUGGACCUGCCUGAGCACUUGAAACUAAAAGAGCAUAAUUUCUUCAAGACGUCGGUAUCGACGACAGCCAAUCAGAUCUUGAACGGUCAUCGACUGUAACAUUCACUUUCACCAUCGCCUCUAUUUAAAAGCCUGUUUAUUACAUAUGCAGUUUAUUGUUUUUUAUGUACAAAAUAUUUCUGUCCCCAUGUGGUGCUUUGCUCAAGUGCAGGCACUAUGUGCAUUUAUGUUCAUAUGGUAUCAUCACAUAGCUCUUUUGUUUCUGUAUUUAUAGCAAAAAGGAGGAUUCGGGUUGCUUACUGGUGAAUGAUCACUGCAGUUCACAGGGUAAACAUCACAGAGCCCUUCCCAGAAUUCCAUGAUUACCACAGAUGAUACUAUGUGGAAGUCAGGGAGUGUCAAAAUCUCUUCUUUCUGGUGAAAUUUCUCUUUAGAUGGAUAGUUCUUCCGCCACCUUCACUUUAGUUUAUUUUUUGUUUAAGGAGGACUCUCUUUACUUGAAUAAAACACUUUAACAAUUGUCAAAAUUGGUGUUCCUCCUCUUUGAGAUAAAAUGAAUGCUUUUUAUGGUUCUCGGAGAACCGUGCCCAGAGGGCGGAGUCCAAGGUUGAGAAAGAGAGUUAAAGCACAGGUUGUUGUAAUAUGAUUACAAAACUGUGCAGAUGGAGAACAAACAGUGACUGAAGACCAAAUUAAUUAACCUAAAUGGUCUUUUAAAUAUGUAAGUGUGUAUAGAAGAUCUGUAUAGCAAACACUUGCUAUUAUUUACAUAUGGUUUACUAAACAUUAACCUAAAAUAACAUGUCUUUUUCUUUUACACGGGUUAUACAUUUAGUAGUGUUUUACAUUUGAAAAGACACUCAAGAGUCAGGUUAGAUCGUAGGUUUACAAAUUAUUUACCUUUCUCCAUGUUAUGUUCCUGUUGAAUUGGUGCUUGAAACAUGUAACGUUACUGCAGCAAUCCUCUGUUCCAGUGCGGUCACGUUAUUAGC